AUGAGCCUCGCUGAGUUGUGCGACUCCAAGCUCCCACCGCGUACGAGCAGGCCGCCGGCGCCUCUGCUCCUCCACGCCUCGCCUAGCCUCUGCUCCAGCACGCCGCCGGCGAUCCUCCUCCACCCUGCCGAUUUCCCGAAUCCACCUCCGCCACUCCUCCUCCAGACCUCCACGCCGCCACUUUCCCGAUUCCGCCACUACACCACAACGCCGAUGUCGCGCCUCUGCCCCCUCCGUCGCAGCUCCUCCUCCACUUCCACCUCGUCGCCAUCACGUUCCUGGUCACCUCACGCCGCCUUUGCGGCGGCCACGGACCGUGCCCGCGCCGGAACGCUCAGCCAGGAGGAUGCACACAACCUGUUCGACGAAUUGCUGCGCCAAGCCACCCCGGUCCCCGAGCGCUCCCUCAACGACUUCCUUGCUACACUCGCCCGUGCUCCGUCCUACGACGACCGCAGAAGCGGCCCCGCUCUUGCCGUCGCUCUCUUCAACCGCGUGUGCCGAGAAGAUGCCGGCCUGCAGGUGGCGCCGCCCACAGUCUGCACCUUUGCCAUCCUCAUGGACUGCUGCUGCCGCGCACGUCGACCGGACCUUGGGCUUGCCUUCUUCGGCUGUCUCCUCAAAAAAGGUCUGAAAACAAACCAGAUCAUCGCCAACACCUUCCUCAAGUGCUUCUGCGAUGCAAAACGGACAGAUGAGGCUGUGGACGUACUGCUUCAUAGGAUGUCUGAGCUGGGUUGCGUCCCCAAUGUUAUCUCAUACAACAUAGUUCUGAAGAGGUUAUGUGAAGAUAGAAGGAGCCAGCAAGCACUUGACCUGCUCCUUACGCUGGCAAGAGAAGGAGGUGGCUGUUCCCCCGACGUGGUGUCAUACAGCACAGUCAUCCAUGGCUUCUUUAGGGAGGGUGAAAUAGGCAAAGCAUGCAAUCUCUUCCAUGAAAUGGUGCAGCAAGGAGUUGUGCCCAGUGUGGCAACAUACAACUCGGUUAUUGAUGCAUUGUGCAAGGCCAGAGCAAUGGACAAGGCAGAGCUAAUCCUUCGGCAGAUGGCUGAUAAUGGUGUUCGGCCGAAUAAUGUGACAUACAAUUGCAUAAUCCAUGGAUAUUCCACAUCAAAGCGGUGGAAAGAGGCAGCUAAAAUGUUCAAAGAAAUGACAAGCCUGGGUCUUGUACCAAAUAUUAUUACUUGCAACUCGUUCAUGGUCUCCCUUUGCAAGCAUGGAAGAAGCAAAGAAGCUGCAGAAAUUUUUAAUUCCACGGCUGCCAAGGGACACAAACCUGAUAUCAUCUCGUACUCUAUUUUGCUACAUGGAUAUGCCAGUGAAGGUUGCUUCGCUGAUAUGAUCAAUCUCUUUAACUCAAUGAAAGACAACGAUAUUGUACCCAACUGCCAUGUUUUCAGCAUAUUAAUUGGUGCAUAUGCUAGGUGUGGAAUGAUGGAUGAAGCGAUGCUCAUUUUUGCAGAAAUGCAGGAACAAGGAGUGACUCCGAAUGUAGUCACCUAUUCAACUGUAAUAGCAGCACUUUGUAGAAUGGGUAGGCUGGCCGAUGCUGUUGACAAAUUCAAUGAGAUGAUUGCUGUGGGAAUACAACCUAACAAUGCUGUUUAUCAGUCCCUAAUUCAGGGUUGUUGUAUACAUGGUGAUCUGGUUAAAGCUAAAGAGUUGGUUUCUCAAAUGAUGAACAAAGGUAUCCCUCGUCCUAACAUCGUGUUCUUCAAUUCAGUAAUAAACAGUCUAUGCAAAGAAGGAAGGGUUGUGGAUGCACAAGAUAUAUUUGACUUAGUUAUACACAUUGGUGAGACGCCGGAUGUCAUUACUUUUAAUUCACUGAUUGACGGGUAUGGCUUAGUCAGCAAGAUGGAUACAGCACUUGGAAUACUUGAUGCCAUGGUAUCAGCAGGUGUUCAGCCUGAUGUUGUUACAUAUAGUACACUUGUGAAUGGAUAUUUUAUAAAUGGAAGGGUCGAUGAUGCUUUGGCUCUAUUCGCAGAAAUGCUGCAUAAGGGAGUUAAACCUACAACUGUCACAUAUGGCAUCAUAUUGGAUGGGUUAUUUCGUGCUGGGAGAACUGAUGAUGCAAAGAAAAGGUUCCGUGAGAUGAUCCAAAGUGGAAUAACUGUCAACAUUUCCAUAUACAAUAUAAUUCUUGGAGGGCUUUGCAGAAAUAAUUGUGCCGGCGAAGCAAUCACGUUGUUCCAUAAAUUAGGUGAAAUGAAUGUGAAGUUUGAUAUCAAAACACUCAAUAUCAUGAUCGAUGCAAUGUACAAGCUUCAGAGAAGAGAAGAAGCUAAAAAUUUGUUUGCUGCAAUAUCAAACAGUGGGUUGGUACCUAAUGCCUUUACUUAUAGCAUAGUGAUAAAAAAUCUUCUAAAAGAAGGAUCACUGGAAGAAGCUGACAAUAUAUUUUCAUCAAUGGAGAAGAUUGGUUGUGCUCCGAGCUCCUGUCUUAUAAAUGAUAUCAUUAGAAUGUUGUUGGAAAAUGGCAAGAUUGCCAAGGCCGGAGAUUAUUUGUCUAAAGUUGAUGGGAAGAGCAUCUCACUUGAAGCUUCGACUACUUCAUUGAUGCUGUCUCUCUUUUCAACGAAUGGGAAAUAUCGGGAGGAUAUGAAAUUGCUCCCUGCAAAGUACCAAAUCUUCGAUGGACUUGGUUGAGUAGUUGAGUGAUCGCAUAUGAGACCACCUCAUGACAAAGCACAUGGAUUUUUUCCUCACAUAAAGCCCUCCUGCCAGCAUAAGAAAUCCAAAUUGUCUGCUUGGACCAACACAAAUACACCAAGUUUGCAUAGGAGACGGGGUCAAAGCAUUUGCAUGAUGAGAAUGUCUUGCUCUUGUACACAUGCAGUGUGCAUUACUCUCCAUUUUUUAUAUCUGGUACCUGAAUUCCACGUCGGUGCUGCUAUGCCUCGCUUUUCAAAAGAAGCCUGGUGACCGGGUGUAUACGUGAGCACGCAUCCAAGCUUUUGGCCUAAACUUCUGUUCCAAUGACUUGGAAGCAUCCGGACUCCAGAGUUCCCUGAAGAUUGUCAAAUUUUAGCGAGCUGCCCCUGCACUUACGGAUGGAGAAGAGCUUACUGCAAGUGGAACUCACAGUUCUAAAGGAAAUCCCCAAAUAAAGUUCCCUUUUACUUUCCAAGAUCCAGUGAGCGGAGAUUCGAACCCGACUCACCUGUCUAAACUAAACUGAAGAUUUACUGUUGAACGAUGCAAAUUCAAUGAAGACUAUCCAGUUGAAAUCAACAUAGUCGACAAAUGAGUGUGUUCCCCAGAAGAAACAUCCUUUUUGAACCAGCAGUUGUAUCUUCUCACUUGUACUGACAGCAAAGACUUGUUGAAUGCCAAAGCAAAGAUGCAGAAUCAGUGAAGUAAGAGCACAGUCUCCAUGGAGUGGGUGUCGGUAUUUCUGCAAAGUUGCCAACACUUUGAGACCAGUGUUGGUUUAUCAGCAGGAUCUGACCAUCCAUCGAGGAGUCACUCCUGAGUCCUGCCUUUCAUGUCUUGUUCAGAAGUUGAUGAUGCAAAACCUACCUGAACCCAAAUGCUCGGGGAGCUAAACAUUUUGUGAAGGAAAAUAAAAUGUGAUGGUGGGAUUGCCAUACCCAUGAAGCUUUUUUGGCACAUUUUUUCUAUACAAGCAGGAACGUGAUGAACUGCUGAUGUUUUUAAAGCUGCAGAACGAUCGUGCUGCUGCCAUUGCCGAUCUGAGCGAUGUGCAAUUGCGGUUUCAUCCUAUAUAUGAGGCCAUCCGAUUUGAUACUAGAGGAGGAGCAACAAGACGCAGCUCGCAACCGGAAAUAUGUUAUGAUCGCAGGAAUCAGCCACCAGGUAGGUAUGAUCAUUCGUUCUUCAAUUCAAUCCAACCGCAAGCAGUUAGUUUCCUGCAUCGAUUGAUGGAUCACCUAGACAGAAGAUGUACUGCCGUGAAGCAAGCCAUUGCGAAUCCCAUCGAUCCCCAUGAUGCACCUGGACCUGGAGUCCUGGACGCAUGGUCGCUGCAUUUUUCUUUUUCUUCAAACGAAAGAAAACAAGCCACAAGUCAGACGUAGUGCGUGCAUGCGUCCAAGACCACUCACAAAAUGGAUUAAUGCCUACAGAACGGGGGCGAGCGACCCACGACUUGGGGAGGAAUCGAUGCAGAACGGGUGCUACCAUCAAUCAAUCUUUUUCUUUUCUUUUCCCUGGUUCCGGAUCGAUCGAGGGAAAAAGUGUCGUGAUCGGAAUCAUACAGGGCUCCAAAUCAAUCUAGACUCGAAAUAUGUAUGCACAAUGUUGGUUAUGCCUAAAAAUGUACAAAGUGUAUCGCUGUACUGCUAAAAGUUCUGUCUCACUGACAAGGACAUCUCUAAAGAGCACUAAGCUCCCAGGGUUGGGAGCGCCUGGGAGCGAUAGGCGUGUCGUUAUCACGGGUCCUACCUGCAUCGAUAUGGUUGCGUUCGUGGUUGGCUACUGGUUGGAUCGAUCCUUUCUUGUUGACCUCGUUCUCGAAGUCGGUUUGCUCGGCAGUGGUUGUUCUCUGCCCGUCUCGCCCUCGGACCUGCUUCUUUUGCUACGUCUUCACUUUCUCAGAUUUUUUCCCCAUUUGCUUGCCCUUACUUCUUCGCAAGCCAGACAAGCACGUCAAUGGCUAAGGCGGAGAGGGAGUCAGUGGCUCCCCAUCAUGCACAUCUCCGUCUUGUUGAUUUGAUGGGGGAGAUGGUGGAGACGCGAUUUGGUGGCAGGGAAGAGAUCGAGGUGACGGAUGGCCGGAUCCAAGGUCGGAGCCCCAUGGCUUCUUCUCCUCCGUCUCUAGGGUUCGAUCUUCAAUGCCCAGCAUCUCUCCAUCCAUGUCUCAACAAAAAAAAGGUCAUAAACAUUGGAGAUGAUGGCAAGAUAGCGUGACGGAUGAUGUUUUUGCGCAGGCAAGAUUUGUACCAAGUGUAAAUAUUUGCUAUUAGCUUAUGAGGACUAUAUGAUAUACUCUAAUUAAUUUAACCAGCAUCCCAUUUCCAGCUAUCAUCUUGCCCACUUAAGAUUGAUUAUCCAGUGAUACAUACCCCCUGUUUCCAGUGACAUUGGUACAGCAGUUAAGUAUGAACUGACAUCGAAAUCCAGGGUCUAAGUUUCACCGAUAAUAUUUGUAGCAUGCUAUGUUUUGUGCAAUGUGUAUCUCUAUCAUAUAACGGAUAUUAAAACUCUUUGAACAACUACUGCUAACCCUCUGUCUGCCGCAUACACCACUCACACCAGGGGCAAUCUUUUCUUCAGAUUUCUUAUUACCAGUAGAAUAUUGCAACUCGAGCCAAAUAAGUGGCCAGUCUAUUGAGAUGAACAUGAAAUAUACGGAUGCAUGGAUGAUGUGGAAAUAGGUUAUAUUUUCAAGGCACGUUCUGCGCUUCCACUUUAUAGUGUAAUUCAUCUAUUCCAGCUUCAACCUGGCUUAUACUUAAUGAUUUUCUAGCGUAACACCUCAUAUAUUCCAUUUUGUUGGUAUGGAGCUUGCUUUGCAUGUCACACCUCCUCUUUCCGUUGGCCGCAUCUCCAUUGAUGCCUCUCUCCGUCUUGCCCCUUCAUCCACCACCAGGGAGGAGUGCUGGAUUCCAGCAACAUAGGCGUCGAGUUUGUUCACCUGUCAUCUUUCCCUUCAUCCAUCGGUCAGUUGUCGCCUCUACAAGGUAUUCUGCCGCUAAACUCAAGGAUCUGUAUGGUGCCCAUCUCUCUCUCUCUCUCUCUCUCUCUCUCUCUCUCUGAUCUUUUGAUUGCUUCUUCUUCUCCCCUCCCACAAAUCCAGUCAAAUACGUCCUUGAUUUGGCUAAAACGAAUCCCUGGAUCCAUCAAUCCCGCCCCCAAUUUCUCCCCAUCCCUUAAUCGGAGGCAUCUGGCUGCUGAUGAGGCAUGGAAGAUCUGACCAUGAAAGGAUGACCUGACUUUCCGACAAUUUUACCAAUAAUCCAUCAAGAUCAAGCAGAGCACAAAUGCAAGUACAGUAAAGAGUGAAGCAUGGAAAAUCUGAAAGCCAGAGCGGAUAAUUGCAUGUUCACUGUCACAUCAAUCCUAUUGAUAGCAAUGACGCUUGUUGGGGUUCUUCUUGUCCUCUCUCCUGAUAGCUGAAAAACUGACAUAACCUGCUUGUUAUCUACGGGCUGGAAAUAACAUCAGCAACAAUGGAGUUCCUGAUCCAUCAUGCAAGAUUUGAUUCAUCUGCAUGAAGCAGUUAAUCUGCACCAGGGAAAUGGAAGUAGAAAAUGCACCUUCAGCUGUUACAUUGGCCGUGAAGUUAUGUGUCUGUCAUUUCACAAGAAAGUGUGAGUGUCCUCCAGUAUGCUCUACUUUAGUGUGUCCAUGUUAAAACCAAAGAAAAAUGUAAUUAUUUGAGACAAAUGGAUGUAGUAUUUUACUGAAGAUUUUUUUCCUGUUGCAUUUGAUGCCCUGUAAUUUUUGAAGUGGCUAAUACGCAUAUUGAUUGAUAAAUCAUUAAGACA